ACCAUGUUCCGCAAGAAGAAGAAGAAACGCCCUGAGAUCUCAGCCCCACAGAACUUCCAGCAUCGCGUCCACACCUCCUUCGACUCCAAAGAAGGCAAGUUCGUGGGUCUCCCCCCACAAUGGCAGAACAUUCUGGACACGCUGCGGCGACCCAAGCCUGUGGUGGACCCUUCGCGCAUCACACGGGUGCAGCUCCAGCCCAUGAAGACAGUGGUGCGGGGCAGCUCGGUGCCCACAGACGGCUACAUCUCAGGGCUGCUCAAUGACAUCCAGAAGCUGUCGGUCAUCAGCUCCAACACUCUGCGUGGCCGCAGCCCUGCCAGCCGCCGGCGGGCACAGUCCCUGGGACUGCUGGGGGAUGAGCACUGGGCCGCCGACCCGGACAUGUACCGGCAGAGCCCCCAGUCUGAGCACACUGACCCCCACGGCCUCUACCUCAGCUCCAACGGGGGCGCCCCAGCAGGCCCCAGGCAGAUGCCCUGGCCUGAGCCGCAGAGCCCACGGGUCCUGACCAAUGGGCUGGCUGAGAAGGCACAGUCCCUGGGCCCUGCCGAGUUCCAGGGUGCUAUGCAGCGCUGCCUGCAGCUGGGCGCCUGCCUGCAGAGUUCCCCACCGGGCACCUCGCCCCCCAUGGCCACAGGCAGGCGUGGGACCAAGGCUGCCAGGCACAGCUCCGAGGAGCCCCGGCCACAGUCCUGCCUGGUGGGCUCAGCUACGGGCAGGCCCGGUGGGGAGGGCAGCCCCAGCCCUAAGACCCAGGAGAGCAGCCUGAAGCGCAGGCUGUUCCGAAGCAUGUUCCUGUCCACUCCUGCUCCAGCCACGGCCACUCCAAGCAGCAGCAAGCGAGGCCCUCCGGCACAGAGCAAGCCCAACUCCUUUUUCCAACUGCCACAGAAAGACUUGCCCCCAAACCUGGUGACCAAGGCCCAGUCCUUGCCCUCGGACCAGCCCACGGGGAACUUCAGCCUUCUGAGCACCUCGAAUACCAGCAGCCCCCAGAAGUCCCUCCGUACAGCCCCAGCCGAUGGCCCACCUCCAGGCCGGUCUUCCCCGGCCGGCUCCCCCCGCACCCGGCACGCCCAGAUCAGCACCAGCAACCUGUACCUGCCCCAGGACCCCGCAGUGGCCAAGGGUGCCCUGGCCAGUGAGGACACAGGCAUCGUGACACACGAGCAGUUCAAGGCUGCGCUCAGGAUGGUGGUGGACCAGGGGGACCCCCGGCUGCUGCUGGACAGCUACGUGAAGAUCGGCGAGGGCUCCACGGGCAUCGUCUGCCUGGCCCGGGAGAAGCACUCCGGCCGCCAGGUGGCCGUCAAGAUGAUGGACCUCCGGAAGCAGCAGCGCCGGGAGCUGCUCUUCAAUGAGGUGGUGAUCAUGCGGGACUACCAGCACCUCAACGUGGUGGACAUGUACAAGAGCUACCUGGUGGGCGAGGAGCUGUGGGUGCUUAUGGAGUUCCUGCAGGGCGGGGCCCUCACGGACAUUGUCUCCCAAGUGAGGCUGAACGAGGAGCAGAUCGCCACCGUGUGUGAGGCCGUGCUGCAGGCCCUGGCUUACCUCCACGCCCAGGGUGUCAUCCACCGGGACAUCAAGAGUGACUCAAUCCUGCUCACCCUGGAUGGCAGGGUGAAGCUCUCAGACUUUGGAUUCUGUGCUCAGAUCAGCAAAGACGUCCCUAAGAGGAAGUCCCUGGUAGGAACCCCCUACUGGAUGGCUCCGGAAGUGAUCUCCAGGUCUCUGUAUGCUACCGAGGUGGAUAUCUGGUCUCUGGGCAUCAUGGUGAUUGAGAUGGUGGACGGAGAACCUCCCUACUUCAGCGACUCCCCGGUGCAAGCCAUGAGGAGGCUCCGGGACAGCCCCCCACCCAGGCUGAAAAAUUCCCACAAGGUCUCCCCAGUGCUACGAGACUUCCUGGAGCGGAUGCUGGUGCGGGACCCUCAGGAGAGAGCCACAGCCCAGGAGCUGCUGGACCACCCCUUCCUGCUGCAGACGGGGCUGCCCGGGUGUCUGGUGCCCCUGAUCCAUCUCUACCGAAAGCAGACCUCCGCCUGCUGAGCCCACCUCAGAGUGUGCCUGACGCCUGCGCCCACAGGCGGGCGACUCUGGGCGGCCGGCCUGCUGGCAGGGCCCACCUGCCCCAUUCUCAGUAUUCUCUCCAAAGAUUGAAUGUGAAGCCCCACCCCACCCUCCUGCCCCUCAGCCUACUGGGCCAGGCCGGACCUGCCCCCUCGGUCUCUCUCCCUUCCAGGACAGGCUCCAGUUGCCUUUGGGAUGACAGAGACCCCUCCUGCAGGGUGACCCUUUGUUAUUUGCACAGGGAUAUUUCUAAGAAACGUGGAGACCAGCGCUCCUGGCCACCACGGCCAAAGCAGCAGGAAGAGCUGCUGCGGUUUUUAAAGGUAUUUGUACCCUAGCAUCCCAGGCCACCCAGAGGCCAGACUGCUUGUCCUAACAGGGAUACUUGCUGUUCUCAGCUCCACCUCCAAAUCUUGGGGUCUUUUGAGAAGGCCACCGGGAAAACCUUUAUUGCCUGAUUCCUUCUGCUUCCCUUGUGCCUAACUUCCUGAAGGCACAGUCCCA